ACAGGCUGACAACCUUUCUGGUUAUUCUCAGGUCUCAGAAAGACCUCUCUAAAGCAAAUUGACUCUACUGGAAAAACGGUACACUCUGUCCAAGUGUGUCCACUGUGUGUGGGCUUAAAAAGUAGUGGGCAUUCCCUUUCCCAGUGAGAGGGAGGUGCAGGAGGUAGCAAUCCUGGGACAGAUUCCUUUUGACACAGCCUAGAUGUUCUUUCCCUUGUCAUUGAUGCUUCCUGGUUUGCACCCUUGUAAAUUAGGAUUUAAAUGAUGCCAUUGUUAAAACAGGCAGGGUCUUUCUCCAGGCCCUGAUAAGAAUAAGGGUUGUGUUUGUAUCUGGUUUUGUUUUUGUAAGUUUAAAUUAGCAUAAAUCCCCUUGAUUUUACCUUAAUUUCUGUCCAUGAGCAGUGAAUGACAGCUGGUGAAAUGCUGUGGUGUUGCACAUUACAGGAGUAAGGCUAUCAGAUAUCCUGCAGUAAUUCUGCUUUCUGCCCCUUCAAAUGAGUGAGUGUUUUAGUUCAUGAUCUGUUUAUUUAGCUUACAGAGACGAUCCUUUUCCUGUGUGUGUCUUUGAAGUUUAGAUGGACUGUGGGCCACCACUAUGGGAUCUGAACAACUGGCUUGGGAGCUGCCAGCAGGCGUGGAAAGCUCCCUACCAGCCCCACUAACUUGAUUUUGGUAUAAAUCUGAAACGCUAAAUGACGUUCCUGUGGACAUUUGGAAGAGCUGGUUUCACCCAUCGGAGGAAGAGAAGGGGACACAGUGCAAUAACCGAUGAAGGGGAUGGAAAAUCCGGGGCUGGGUGGGGUGCUCCGCAGCAGGACUGAGAUGCUGCAGCAGUGUGGUGAGCUGUUGGAGGGGAGCAGCAACUGCAGUGUUUCCAGAGCUGGAGGGAAUGCUUGGAUUUAUCCAUCCUGCUACUGCUGUCACAGAGCAGGUGCUGUGAAGGCAAUAGUCCCUUCUGGUGACUUCCAUGGGUACAAGCACAAGGCUGGGAGCAUUUCUGGGGUGCAUGGGGCAGUAUAUCCUUUCCCAUCAGCAUGUUUUUCUUCUUGCUAGAAACGCUGUUCUCUGGACUAGAUUCUAGGUUUAAAUGAGGUAUAAAUUUAGAAGAGCAGUAUUUAUUAUGUGUAGGAAUAGAGGAGUGAAAGAUUUCCUGAGGUAUUUCAUCCCUUCCCGUGCUACCACAAGCGAUGUAUCUUAAAAUCCCUAGGUCAAAAACACAGAGAAAUCCUCAGAUUUUUAUCAAGUUCAGCCACAAGUCAAGUAAUAUCCUUGGCUUUGACUUUUAUUGGAAGGUCAUCUCAAAUCCAAGUCUUUUGAUUGAGUAAGUUUAGAACUAGCUCUUUUUUGGUUUGCAGCCUAAGUUCCAUAGCCAAGUCAGGACUUUUUCUGGAGUGUUAUCCUCUUGCUUAGAGCAGUUUCAACACUUACCUGCUCAUCUGCUUUUCAAUAAAAGCCUUUGAUCUUUUAUUUGUAUAUUUACAUGUUGUUGACUAAAAUGAUCCAACUUAAACCCAACUGCCACAGGCUUAUUUUCCCCCUCUUACCAAAUUUCUUACUACUGCUUGCAGAAAAAACUUGAGCUGGGUGAGGUUCAAAGAUACUUCAGUGAGAAGCUGACUAGGUCUUUCCCUGACUUCAGCACAUCCAAACCAAGCCAUGAGGAGUGUGAGAGUGACCCUCAGGGCUUGAUGAGCAGAGAAGUGGAUCCCAAAGGCUGCCAUCUUCUGGAGAAAUCCAGUCAGUUGGUGUCUCAGGUCAGCAGCCUAAUCAAUGAGCACUGAACCCAUCAAGAGAAGUGUAGAGAUCCAUGCAGGCUCUGAGGAGCUGCUGCCAUUCCCAGGAGACAGGGGUUUGACCAGUGGAAAAACCACAGAGAGGAGGAGGAAAAUGCUGAGGUUGUAAAUGGAGAUCAUCAAAGCAAAGAAGGAAGUGGUUCUGAUGAGAACUGUGUUGAGAGUGUAUCAGCACAAGCUGGCUCAGAAAGAAACAUGUGAGAGCUUCCCUGAUGACAGCAGUGAAGACCCAGUGGAAGGCUCAGAAAGCUCCAUCAAACCAAAAAUCCCUUUAUCUGAUCCUGUUGUUGUUCCCAACUUCUUCCUUCCACCCCAGGAGAUGGAAGCCUCCAUGAGACUGCUCAGCACUUCCUCUCAUCCCUCUGCAUCUCCAGAGGGGUGUAGGUCAGCACUGGAGCCGGGCAGGAAAACAAGGCAGGAGCCAGCUGGAGAGGAGUGUCGGUGCCAGGCAGCUUUGUCUGGAGCCCGAGGGCUGGAGCAAAGGUGGCUUCAGGGUGUCAGGAGCACUGGAAGUCGCUCUUGUGCAAGCCCCUCUGCCACCAUGGUGGGUCUGAAGCCCCCCGAGGUGCCCCCGACGAUCACCAUGAAGUUCAUCAGCGCGGGGAUGGCCGGCUGCAUCGCUGACCUGUGCACCUUUCCCCUGGACACCGCCAAAGUGCGGCUGCAGAUCCAGGGCGAGGUGAGGAUCCCCCGGACCAUCAGCUCCGUGGAGUACCGGGGUGUUCUGGGGACGCUGAGCACCAUGGUGAGGACAGAGGGAGCUCGCAGCCUCUACCGAGGGCUGGCGGCCGGGCUGCAGCGCCAGAUGGGCUUCUCCUCCAUCAGCAUCGGGCUCUACGACCCUGUGAAGCAGCUCUACACCCCCAAGGGUGCUGAGAACACAGGCGUGGGCACACGGAUCCUGGCUGGCUGCACCACGGGGGCUGUGGCCGUGGCCUGUGCGCAGCCCACCGACGUGGUCAAGGUGCGGUUCCAGGCCAGCGCGGCCCUGUCGGACAGCGCGCCCCGCUACAGCAGCACUGUGGACGCCUACCGCACCAUCGCCAGGGAGGAGGGGAUCCGCGGGCUCUGGAGAGGAACGCUGCCCAACAUCGCCCGCAACGUCAUCAUCAACUGCGGGGAGCUCGUCACCUACGACAUCAUCAAGGACGCGCUGCUGCGGGCACAGCUCAUGGCAGACAACGUCCCGUGCCACUUCGUGGCCGCCUUUGGCGCCGGGUUCUGUGCCACAGUGGUGGCAUCGCCGGUGGACGUGGUGAAGACGCGGUACAUGAACUCCAGCCCCGGGCAGUACAGCAACGUCCUGAGCUGCCUCCUGGCCCUGCUCACGCAGGAUGGCCCCGCCGGCCUCUACAAGGGGGCCAUUGUCCUAGCUCUACGUGUGACACCAGUCAAGCUGACAUUCUCUAUCACUUUUGGUGCACCGAACAACUUCCCAUUGAUCUCUAAUUAUUCAGAUCCUGCUGGAGCUGGUGACAAAUCCCUAGCCCUACAUGGACAAGGCAGCAGACCUGUUUCAGAAAGCCAGCAUGGUCCAGAUGUCCUGGAUAUGGUGGAUGUCCUGAUUGAGGGCAGUGAUGGCUUUGAUGAAGCAAUUGGGUUCUCUUUAAGUGAAGACAUGAUUAUCCAAACAUUUCCCUUCAGUGCUGUUGUCCCUGCUGCCUUAGAAGCCAGGAAUAUACUGUUGCUUCAGUCUGAAAAUGGAACAGGGAGAUGAACACAAACUCACAGCCAUUCAGGCCUGGCAGUUCCCUGCAGUGAGAGUUCACAUGGGACACAGGUUUCUGAAAAGGGAAAUGACCU